AAGCGGAAGCCUAGGCGCGGCACUGAGACCCGCGCCUGUUUGGGCCACACGUGUGAGAGUUGCUAUGAUGGAAGUCAAAGGGAAAAAAAAAUUCACAGGAAAAGGUACAAAGACAUCACAAGAGAAAAACAGACUUCAUAAAAACAAUGAUUCUGGUUCUUCGAAGACAUUCCCAAAAAAAGUUGUUAAGGAAGGUGGACCUAAAAUCACAGCUAAGAACUUCGAGAAGAGUGCCACAACACCUGGGAAAAAAGGUGUGAAGCAGUUCAAGAAUAAGCAGCAAGGGGAUGAAGUACCAAAGAACAACUUCCAGCAGGCGCGUAAGUUCAACAAGAAGAGAAAAUUCCGGCCAGACAGUAAAAAUGAAUCAGCAGCCAAGAAGCCCAAAUGGGAUGAAUUCAAAAAGAAGAAGAAAGAGCUGAAGCAGAGCAGGCAACUCAGUGAUAAAACCAACUAUGACAUUGUGGUUCGGGCAAAGCAGAUCUGGGAGAUCCUAAGAAGAAAAGACUGUGACAAAGAAAAAAGAGUGAAGUUGAUGAGUAAUUUGCAGAAGUUGAUUCAAGGGAAAAUUAAAACUAUUGCCUUUGCACAUGAUUCAACUCGAGUGAUCCAGUGUUACAUUCAGUAUGGCAACGAAGAGCAGAGAAAACAGGCUUUUGAAGAACUGCGAGGUGAUUUGGUAGAAUUAAGUAAAGCUAAAUAUUCCAGAAAUAUUGUUAAGAAAUUUCUCAUGUAUGGGAGUAAAGCACAGAUCGCGGAGAUAAUGAGAAGUUUUAAAGGCCACGUGAGGAAGCUGCUGCGGCACGCGGAAGCGUCAGCCAUCGUGGAGUACGCCUACAAUGACAAAGCCAUCUUGGAGCAGAGGAACAUGCUGACAGAAGAGCUCUAUGGGAACACGUUUCAGCUCUACAAGUCAGCAGAUCACCCAACACUGGACAAAGUAUUAGAGGUACAGCCAGAAAAACUAGAGCUUAUCAUGGAUGAAAUGAAACAGAUUCUAACGCCCAUGGCCCAAAAGGAAGCUGUGAUUAAGCACUCACUAGUGCAUAAAGUAUUCUUGGACUUUUUUACCUAUGCACCCCCAAAGCUAAGAUCAGAAAUGAUUGAAGCCAUCCGAGAAGCAGUGGUGUACCUGGCGCACACGCACGAUGGCGCCAGAGUGGCCAUGCACUGCCUGUGGCACGGCACGCCCAAGGACAGGAAAGUGAUUGUGAAAACAAUGAAGACUUAUGUUGAAAAGGUGGCUAAUGGCCAAUACUCCCAUCUGGUUCUACUGGCGGCAUUUGAUUGUAUUGAUGACACUAAGCUGGUGAAGCAGAUAAUCGUAUCAGAAAUCAUUAAUUCCUUGCCUAACAUAGUAAAUGACAAAUAUGGAAGGAAGGUCCUGUUGUAUUUACUAAGCCCCAGAGAUCCUGCACACACAGUACGAGAGAUCAUUGAAGUCCUGCAGAAAGGAGACGGAAACGCACACAGUAAGAAAGACACAGAAAUCCGGCGACGAGAGCUCUUGGAGUCCAUUUCUCCAGCUUUGCUAAACUACCUUCAGGAACACGCCCAAGAGGUGGUGCUGGAUAAGUCCACGUGUGUGCUGGUGUGUGCCAUCCUGGGAGCGGCCAUUGGAGAUACCCAGCCUGCCAUGAAUGCCAUCGCCAGUUUGGCGGCAUCAGAGCUGCAUCCUGGUGGCAAGGAUGGAGAGCUUCACAUUGCAGAGCAUCCUGCAGGACAUCUAGUUCUGAAGUGGUUAAUAGAGCAAGAUGAAAAGAUGAAAGAAAAUGGAAGAGAAGGCUGUUUUGCAAAAACACUUGUAGAGCAUGUUGGGAUGAAGAACCUCAAGUCCUGGGCUGGUGUAAAUCGAGGGGCCAUUAUUCUUUCUAGCCUUCUCCAGAGUUCUGAUCAAGAAGUUGCAAAUAAAGUCAAAGCUGGUCUGAAAAGCCUGAUUCCCACAUUGGAAAAAAACAAAAACACCAGCAAAGGAAUAGAAAUGCUACUUGAAAAACUGACUGCAUAAGUGGAAACAGUUAAGGACAAGUUGGAACCAUUUUUCCUCUUCUGUUCUCCCAGUGUGGAAAAGAAGCGCUAGGGUCCAUCGUCCUGGUACUUUGGGUGCUCUCUACUUGUGUUUCUUUGUAUAAGAGUCUAUUUAUAAAAUGAUUUCUUAAAAUGGCUUUUUUAAAAAAAAAAACCCCAGCCUUCUCCUUUAUCAUACUGGUAGUAAGCAAAUCACAAUGUAAAAGAUGUAGCAGUCGUAUACAGUGGGACCGACCAGAUGUACAUGAAGUGGUUGCAUGCGUUGAUUCAGGGGAGAAGGAUGUCUUCAGUGGGCAGGAGUCUGAGAGGCUUCGUGGAAGAGGAGGAACCUGAGGAGGCCUCAAAGGAAGGCAGGGUGUGGUAAAGAAAGCCCCUGGGAGCACUUGGCGGGAGCAGUGAAGUGGACGUCAGGGAGCCUCAGGGCGUGAUGGGCCCGGGGCGGGGGAUCCUCUACAGGCAGGGCAGCUGCACUCCCAGCCGCCUUAUGGAUUGGGCUCCACGUUAGAUUUUGUUUGAAACAAGCCUCUCCAGUAUGUUAAAACUUGUAGGGAACAAGGUACUUAGAUGAAUUGGGAUCACAGUGGGUAGUAGUGUCAUGGUCAAGGUCAUAGGGAAAAUCUUCUUGCCUUCGGAACUGGGCCUUCCAAGUUCCAAUAAGCUCCUUGUAAUGAGACCUUCUCUCUUGGGACUUUCCCUAAAGUAGUUGAAGCCUAUAGGGUUUGAGUGAGAAGAAAGGAGUUAAUAGUGCAGAAGUUUGAAUUUAAGUGCAAGUAGGAUGUUUGAGUUUUAAAACUGUACUUGGCUUCCCAGCAAGAAGGCUUGGAAGGAUUGGUAGAUCAGUCAGGCUCCCGGGGCCCUGCCGGUGGUGACCUGACUGCUUUUGAUACGGGGUCGUCAUGCUUUCUCUCAGCAGACUUCUGUCACCAGACACCCACUCGGGUCUGUGACAGAUACCCCUGAGGAGGAUGACUGUGCCUUUCCUGACCAGACUGCGGGGUCCCAGGACUACUCCCAGCACACAAGCUCCCAGGACUUCACCUGCCACCCUCUGUCCUGCUGGGUACAUUGAGCUAUCAUUCUCUUUUGGCCUGGAUUCUCCCCAUCCCCCAACCCUGCCAGGUCUCAGGGUGGAGGCGGACAGCUGGGGAAGCUGGGGACAGGAUGAGGAGGUAGUGGGGAAAAGGCAACAUUAGAGCUUGCUCUUGUUUGACUAAUAUAUUGUCACUAUCCUUUUUAGGCAUUUUCUUUUUUAACUUCCUAAUAUAGGAAAUUACAGAUGAAGGCUUUUCACCACCACUGUCCCCGUACUUCUUUUCUCCCCGUCUCCCCAAUAGAAUUGCCUCAUUUUUGAUAAAUCAGUGUUCAGUUUAUAUGAUUAUGCUGACAUAAAUUGUUAAAUACUGAAGGAAGCAGUGAAAUGUCAUUACAUUUCCUACACCAUUUUUUUUUCCUGGAAUUAAUUAUUACCUCAUUUGUUUUCAUUUGCUUCCUUUUCUACAUUUCUGUUAUUAAUUUUUCUCAAACUGUCCAUCAGAAUUGUGUAAACUCUUUUCCUCUUUCUUCAGCCUGGCGAGGCUCCUGCGUUACUGGUGUCCAUCCCUUGCCACUUGGCUCCUGUAUUCUGACUAGUCUCAUUCAGUGUUUCCCAUUCAGUGUCCCUCGAGGGAGUCAUAGAUACAUUGAGGUUUUAACAGCCUCAUCUGUUACUCCACUGGGCCAUACAAACUUUCCCCUUGUGUGACCUAAUACUGGGGCCCCCUUCCUGAAGUCAGUGAUGGAUUUAGGAAGGAGCCUGGCCAAUGAACCUUAGAAAAAAAGUGUGUUCCUGGGGAAGGUUCCUUAGGUCACAGACUCAUAAGGAACAGAGUCCCUUUCCUGCCGGCCGACUUGAGUAUGUGCAGAAAGCAUCCUGAGGAUGGCUGAGCAAGAAGGUGAAAGAAUCUGGAAUUUUGACACUGAGCUGCUGAAUAAAUCAACUCUCGGAGCUGCCCUCCUGAAUUUCCUGCUAUGUGAGAGAAGAAACUUUCGUUUAUCUUUUAGGCCAUUUUGAGUUGAAUCUUUAGAGACUUGCAGCCAAAAAUAUACUAACCUGUCUCUGAAUACUAAUUUCUACAGUAACACACCAGGCCACCUGGGAACCACUGGCUGUCUGGGUAUCUUUUUUUUUUUUUUUUUUUUUUUAAUAUUUAUGUAUUUUCUGGGAGGAGAUAAUUAGGCUUCCUUAUUUAUUUUUGGUGGAAGUCCUGGGGAUUGAACCUCUGGGUGUCUUGAAGAACUGCGGCAUCUCCAUCGCCCUCUCCCUGGGCCUUUCCUUCAUGUCUUCUCUGGGAAGCCCAUUUCUAGGACCCCAUGGAUUUUGUUUUCCUGCUUAGCAUUCUCUUUUGAACGGGGCACAAUCUCCAUGAGCUUCCGGAGAAAGAAUGCACAUGAGGUAAAAUUUUAAAGUCUGAAUGUCUUUAUUCUCCCCUUUCAUGCCUGGGCACCUGGAUGUAAAAUUCUAGUUUAGCUGGAUAUAAAAUUCUAGUUUGACAUUCAGUUUGCCCCAGAGCUUUGAAGGCGCUGGCCAGUGUUCUCUUCGGCCCACAGAGUGGCUGUAGAAGUCCAGUGCCGUCCUCCACGGGCUUUUAUGUGUGGCCUUUUGGUGGCGGGAGUCGUUUCUCUGAAAGGUUUCAGGACCUUCUUUAUCCCUGGCUUUCUUGUAUUUCAGGAUAAUGCGCACUGGUGUGUGUUGUGUGUGUUGUGUGUGUCUGCUCUUCAUUCUUCAUGCUGGAUGGGUCCUUGAGGAAUUUAGAGAAGCCCUUCUAUCUGGGGGCUGUAUUUGUGUUGUCUCCCUAAUCCCCCUCCACACACACACACCCCCCACCUGUUUUUCUCUAUCCUUCUCUUUGAGACUCCUAUUUUUCAGAUUUCAAAUGUUGAUUUGGUCCUCUAAUUUUCUUUUUUCAAUUCUUUGGCUUUUUGUUUUGCUUUCUGGAUGAGAUAGCACCUCCACUCUCUACCAGCCAUUCCAGUGAAGUUUCUUUUCUUGUUUCUUGAAUAAAAUACCUCUUUGGCCUCUGGGCAUGUUGUAUUUUCUGUUUCUUUUGUUAUGUUUUACUUUGCUUUGUCUCUUUUCUGCGGGCUGCACUUUUUAUUUUGAUCUGUGAUGUUUGAGACUUUCUGGGAGAGCUCUUUGGCUCUUCUUUAUAUAAUUAAGACACUAGAACCUGAUCAGAAAGGGGGCAGCCUGUCCAUUUCUCUGGACUGCUGACUGUUCAUGGCAUAGGUGACCAGGCGUGGAUGCUGUUUCCCUGGAGUCCUCCACAUUUCAGGAUCUGUAGGCCUUUUGUGGGGCCAUCAGUACCUCCGAAGGGAAAUGCAGCUGGUAGUCAGUACCCUGGUUGCUCAGUGGUCAGUGUGCAGAACCUACCUGCUUUGACUGCAGUGCUGUCCCUCGUGCUCUGUGGUACAUCCGGCCCCCUAGUCUAGAGAUAUUGAACCAACCUGAGUCCACAAAAUAAACUCUCAGCCUUCUCUCUGCCAGUGUGUGGAGGGCUAGUCAACCAGCUUUAGCCAAUCGCCCUGUUUUGCAUCCCAAGCCUCACCCUGUCUUCUGGCACUUUGCACCUCUAAUUGCUGGGAUUUUCUGUAGAUCAGAGUGAGAAUUAACUUGGUUCUCUGCACGUCCUUGGUACUCAGCUUUCUCAGCGCUGCUACUUUCUCCAUGGCUUCCUCCUCUUCCAGGUAUUUGUUGCUGUUGUCCACCCACUGAUGGCUUCUCUCCCGUCACUUGGUUGUCUUGACUUUAUACCAUGUUUAUUCUUAGCAGAAAUCCAGAAAUGGUUUUAACCAAAUUAAAAACAACCUUCCUGGCUAAAUGAAGGAUAUGUUAUCUUUGGAAAAGCUUACUGGAUUUGAGAAAGCCUUUAAUUUUAAAAUUUACCUUUGUAGUUUUCAGAUUGCACCAACCCCGUGCUUUCGCCAGGGAUCAGACACUGCCUAGAAGGAAGGAGAACUUGCUUCCCCUUGAAGCCUGUGUUUUAAGUGGUGUGUGUUUGCCUACAGGGAUGAAGCUUCCUGCAUGUCUGAACUCAAAGGAUUGGCUCUUUACAAUAGGAGAUGGCACUUCUGUUGCUAUUUGCAAUGAAAUUUUGAGAAGGUUACAUCUUAAUUAUAGCAGAUUAGUCACUUUUAAGAGUAUGUCUAGCAAAGAUAAGGGUGUGUGUGUAUUUUUAGAAUAAUGGUUAAGAGAGAACAGGGUCUCAAAAAAAGCAACAGUUAAUACUGAACCGCUAAUGAAACUAUUUCUAGACCAAAACUUAAUGAACUCAGAUGAACAUAAAAAUCUGCCACUUGAACUCUUUUCUCACCUAUGAAAUUGUUUAACCUAAGGAAACUACGUUUAUAAUCAUCUCCAUCUGUUACAGGCUGAAUUAAUUGUGUCCCCUUCAAGUUUGUGCGUGGAAAUCUUAGCCUUUCUCCACCCCCUCCCUCCACCCCCAGUACCUCAGAAUGUGACCAUAUUUGGAGGUAGAGUCUUUACAGAGGUAAUUAAGGUAAAGUGAGGUCAGCUGGGUAGACCCCCGUCCAGCAUGACUGGCGUCCUUGUAAGACGGAAUCAGGACGCACACAAAGAGAAGAUCGUGUGAAGACCAGAGAGGCGAUGGCCAUUCACAGGCCAGGGAGAGGGGGCUGCAAGUGGAGUGAACCCUGCUGACCCUGCACCUUGGACCUUCGGCCACCAGAAACUGUGAGGAGAGGUUUCUGUUGUCGAAGCCACCCAGUCUGUGGUGUUUGUUACACAGUCCUGGCAAACUAAUACACCACGUUUCCUUUUUGAAAUGUAAAACCAUCACCAUCUGUGUGCCCCCAAAUUCCCUAACCUUUCUCCCAGUUGAAUUCUUAAGGGUUUUAUAUGAACAGUCUUAACCAGGAGAUAGAUUGUGUUCUUCGGGUUGCCUGUCUCAUAUGAAUAGGAGCUACGUGGCUGUUGUGCUCGGCAUUCCGGAGUGUGCAGACGCUGAUUGCUGUGUGCACGUUUGCCCCCAAAACAGCACCUUGGAAGAUGGUGCCGAUGUUUCCACUCCCUUCCCUGUGAAGGAGUGGUGUUCGGAAUCUUUCAUCAAAAUGUUCCCUAAUUUUUAAACGGGGACUCUGCCCACUGCUGAAUGUAAGUGGAUGAAGACUGCUUCACAAACGUGGUAAUGAGAAGUUUUGGCCAGCGCUCUCUUGUUCUUAGGGGAAUUCAUCCUAUCCUGGGAGCAAAUGGUAGUUCUUAGUUGUGCCUGCUAUGUGACAGCUACUUAAGUGGAAGGUGAUGGGAGUCUGGUAAGGUGGUGAGAAUCGUCUGACUUUGUGAUCUUGAUGACUGUAAUUAAGCAUAACGAAUAAUUUAGAUGUUUUAAAUGACUUCCAGAUGCUUGAAAACAGACUCUCCUUUUAGACAGAAAUCCUGCAUGUGAAAGUCCUGUUCUUAUUGAUAAACCUGCCGGUAAAGCCAUCGGCCUGCUGCUGUUACAUUCAACGUAGGCAGUGAUGGAAAGAAUAAACCUGAUUUUUAAAGACCUGUAUAAUACCAAGAAAGUGCUUUUGAGGAAAUGGGCAAGUCUUGGGUUUAUUUUUCUUGCUUAAUCAACUAUUUUGCCCCAUCUGUACUGCCUAAUAACCUAAGUCUAGUUCUAGAAGUAGAUUUGUUGGAACCCAUUUUAUCUGCUUAUAAUAACCUGGUGGAUGUGUUUUGGUCUGGCUGGCACCUCUUUGGGGGUUCCCUUCUGCCCACAUUUCACAGUCAUCCUAUUUAGGUGGGAUGAACCCAUCAUUACCUGCCUUCACCCGGUACACAUGACCCAGGUCUCCCAAAACACACUACCAUUCACUUGACCACAAUGAUUACUUAGUGGGUGAAGUAUUCUUAUUAAUAAGUAGCCUCAAAUCAGAGUCUGGCAUGGGACCAAAAUGAGAGCAUUUAGUGUUCUGAGGAGUCUUCUGAAAGACACCCUCCUUUCCCCUGGGAUCUCACACUCCUGAACCUGUCCCCUGGUAUUGGCUGCCUUGAUACUAUAUUUCAUCAAUUCUAAAAAUGCACCCUUUUCCCCACAUUUUACACAUUUAUCUUACAGUGGAUGGCAUCUUAGCCAGCUUUUUUUCUUAGUGAUAACAUAAAAUAAUGGUGGGUCUUAGAAUCAAGGCAUGUGGCAGUUGGUAAAAUAAAGUAUUCCAUCUUUUCCUCUCUACAUAAGUCUGCUUUGCUUUUCUGUAGUAGCUUUUUACCCCUCUCAAAACUUUUCUUUAUUGCUGGACUCCUAGGUGUCUUCUGCUGUAUAAUUACACUCAAAUUACACCCCUUUGGAAAAUGAAAAUCAGGUAAAAUUAGAAGCAGCGUAGGAUAGCGGCUAGGAGCAUGGUCCAGAACCACAUUGCGAUUUGAAGCCUGACUGUUAACUGGGCGUCCUUGGUCAAGUUACAUCACCUCUCUGCUUCUGUUGUCUCCUUUAUAAAAAGAUGAAGCACACUUCACUGGGCCACUGUGAAGACUGAAUGAGUUGAUAUAUGAAAAGGACCUAGAUCUGGGCCUGAACACCCAGGUGGGGCUCCCUCCCAGGGCAGGUAGAAUCGUGGGAGAUUUUGAGCUUGCUCGAUAGGCCGCUGUUGUCUCAAAGCUACGACUUGAAGUUCAAAGUUCCUGUCUUUGAGUUUUGUUUUGUUUUUUCACAUCAAGCAUUUCAGCAACCCUUGCCCCAAGAUGCAAUAUUAUAGUUGUACUUUUGAGUAUGUAUUGGCUAAGAAAUCACGUAGAAAUGUCCAUGAAUUCAUUACCACUCUUAAUAUUAUACAAUUUAAAUCAGCUGUGUACCUUUGGAAAACUGUCUCUCCAGGUGGGGCAAGGUAGGGAUUGCAGGCCCCCUGCAGUCUUUCCUGCCCACGUAUUAGGAAACAGAGUGAAAGUACUUGAGUCCAAAUAGGCUUCUUUCAAAUGCAAAUAACCCUUGUAGGAGCAGCACGUUUAGUUUUGAUUAACACCUUCCUUCAGAGUCUGUCAGCUUAUUCAGUAGAGUGCUGAGAGCUAGACAGGUUGGAGGGUUUGUUUCUUUGGGGAAGGAACAAGGGAUAAUUUGAGGUCAGUCACCUGGGCCACUAAAGCCUGGGGACAGCAGAGAAGUACAGAGUUUCAACUUGGGUCGUGGUCUUGGCCAGGAGACACGGCGGGCCAACUCCAGGUGAUUGUUUUGUGGAGGAAGUAGCCUUGGAUUUGUGUGAGAAACUUGGACCCUGCACGCGUUCUGCCACUUGCUAGGCAGGUGAUCUUGGUCCUCAGUUUCCUCAUCUAUAAAACAAGCACCUGCCUCAUAUUCCCUCAAAACUUUUUUAAACAAUAAGGUUCACUGCAAAUGUGAGGGGUUUUUGAGAGCGGUACCACAGUGAAAAGCGCGUGGAGUUUGUUUUCAGAAGAUCUGGCUUCGAGGCUCGGCCCUGUCUCUGAACGGGAAUGUGGGUAAGUCAGUCUUUAGAAACUUAUUUCUAAUUUUUUGUUGGUAAAAAUAGCGAUAGUACCUGAAAAUUUCAGAGGGUGGAGGUCAGAAUCAAGUGAGGUUUGUGUAUGUGAAGGUGCCUUGUAAAACUUCGUGGGUGUUUAUAAUUCCCCUGUAGAUUAGAGAUUCCUUGCCUUGUUUGGUCCCCAAGUCACAGCGUUGCGGUGUACAGAUUGAAAAUAAAAAAAACAGCUGCGCUACUAUUAGGUAAAAUGAUCUGAAGCCUAGAGAUAAGCCAAAAAGAUUCAUCCCAUUCAAAGACACACUAGGGUGUUAUCUACAAAACCACAAGGCUAUUUGACUUUUCUAGAGGAUGUAACUUUGCUUGACAUACUGUUCUAUUAAAUAGGAUCCAGACUCUGGAAAAAUGGAUGGUAAUGUGUAGAAUAUCAAUAAGUUGCAAACAAUUUCUGUCUAAAGCAGAGACAGCUGCAAAGAUUAGAGUUGUAUUGCCCUGUAGAACAUUAACCAGUGUUGAUCUAACUUUGUGGUCUUUGUCUAAUAGUUUUUCUUUCAUGAAUGAAUGAAAAUAUAUAUAUAGAGAGAGAGAGAGAUGACUAACAAGGAAAGCAUACCAAUGUAUUCAGUGUAAGUUCUGCAUGACAAGGGGGCCUUCAUAAGGAAGCGAAGACCUAGAGAAUCAGUUAAACCCGAGCAUUUCUAUGCUCGGUCUGAUGAAGUGUGGACAGUUGUGGGACAAAAGGGCUAAGGGUAGUAACCCAGGAGACAGCAAGGCCUGUUCCUUCAGAUUCCUCUCGAUGUCCCUCCACCUUCAGAGACGAGGAUGCUCCUUCCCCUUCAGGUAGGAGGGCACCUCUCGCUUGAGGGUCUGAGGACCUGCUUCAGGGGAAGAACUGCCAUUUUUCUAAUUCCUUCAACUGAAACAUCCAAGGUGCCGUAUUUUGGUGUUAUGUGUCCUGAACCCCAUCAAUGUUACCACCCUGCUUGUUUUCUCAUUAAGGAAUUUUAUCAAUCUUCAAUGUGUCAUGUUUGUAUGAGAAUCAUCUUUUUCGUGUUCUGAAAAUAUUUUGACAUUCUAAAGUAGCUUUUUGUUUCCCUGUUGCACUUUCGAUGUAAUUGUCUGAUUUUGCAACCUUGAAAUACAGCAAACCCUCAAGA